UGCUUUCAGUUCUACUUCGUCGCUCAAUCGCACAGCAGUACAGAAUCUCUGCGGGUUUUCAAAUAUUGGUUCUCUAUGAGAAAUAAAUUAUUAUUAUUUAGUGCGCAAUUGAAUACACAAUUUUUUCAAACUAUGUGUUUUUGGACAAUGAAUAAUAAAUUUAACAAAAGCGGAUUGCAAAAGAAUAAUGUUCGAAACCGUAGGCCCACUGUUACUUCAAUAUAAAACAUUUAAUAAUAUAUACUAUACAUAUAUUAAAACACACAAUUGCCUAGUUUCAAAAUAGAUUUUGGUUGUACAAGUGUAUAAAAAUAAAAUAAAUACCGAUAGAUAAGUAUAUAUCUACUUAUGUACAAUUGGGUGGUCAUUUUCUGCUGGCGCAUCGCGCUUCCAAGGCGGAUCAAACAAUGCAGAUAUGAUUUUUAAUUUUUAAAAAUCAUUAUAUCCGGUGCUGCAGGAUUUUAUACUUCUACUAUAUUCAAACAUUCAUCAACGGUUUGAUCAAAAAUCAUGCUGGCCAACUCAUGCUGCGGUUGGAGAAAAUAUAAAACCCAUGAUCAGCAUCAUAGAACCCUAAAGAAAAAAACUCGACAGAACACAUCAGAUACAACAGUUCACAUAGAAGUGAACUCCAACGAAAUCCAGUUUCCAGGUUCUUACAGAUUUAAUCUUGACUCAAAAAAAAUAAAUAUCGGGCGAAUGAAUAUUCUUGGACAUAAGAGAGGUAAUUUCCGUGUAACUCGAUAUGUCACGGUCACCGUACUCUUAAUUUUAUCGACUGCAGUCAAUGCUUAUGCUCAGCCAGAAAAUAAAAGCUUCAGUAAUUCUUCCAACAACGAUAGUCCGGAAAUGGUUAUGUUGAGUAACGAAACAAACAAUAGUGCAAAAGUACUAUCAGAAAAAAAUGGUUCUUCUUCAAUAUCGGCGGAUGAUAAAAUAAAUGAAAAUAUGGGAAUAUUCCAAAUGAAAGUACAAAGUAAACCGGGGAAAAAAAGUACCCCUUUAGCAAAGGUAUCAGAGCAUGGAGAUUUAUCAAGAGUUCAAAGUGUAUCUUUGUAUCGCAAUACCUUAAUAAAUAUAGAAAGUAUGCUACAGCGUCAGUUGCGUGAGAAAGCCAAAGUGGAUAGUAUAGAAUCGAUUAAAAUGCACAUACUUAUGCGCUUGAAUUUAAAAAAACUUCCCAAUAUAACAAAACCAAUUUCAGUACCACAAAAUAUAAUAGAUAACUUUUAUAGAGAUUAUAAUGCAUCUUCAAAAACUACUGUUUGGAAUCGCAUGGAAAGCAUUGACGAAUCUCAUUUGUCUAUAAAUGACACUUAUGGCGACCACAUAAUGACUGAUUUUUUUGAUGAAAGUUCAUCCUCCCAAAUGCAGGGAGAUGAUGCUAACACUGUUAAUGAAUUUCUGAUAGAUUUGAAUAAAAAUCAAGCUAAAAAGUCGGACAUUCCUAUUAAUACCAACGAUGAGGAGUACGAGAGUAUUUUGUCUCACAUCAGCAGUAUAUACAUAUUUCCCGAGGAAAUUCAACCUCAUGUUCGGCACAAUCGCAAGGUCGAUGUUUUUCGGUUUCAAAUUGACAGUAGCUACUCAGACUUGUCUUACGCUACCCUUCAUCUAUAUUUACGUGGUUGGGAUUGGAUAAGUGCUCAUCAACCUGGACUUCUUGAAGAAAUUAAAAAACAGCCACGUAAAGAUAUUGUUGUGACUAUUCACCGCGCUAUUAGGGUUGCAAAUACAACAAGCUUUAAUCCUAAAGUCAAAAUGUUUGAGUUUCGACAUAGUAUUCCGUCAGGACUUGGACAAUGGGUUGCUGUGGACUUAAAGUCUCUGCUUGGUAAUCUUGGGUCUAAUAUGACGCAAGAAAUUCUAAUAAAGGGCGCAGAAACCUGGAUGAAGUCAUUAGUGGUGACCACAGACAACACAUCGAAAAAUCCAUUGACUGUUCACAUAGAAAUUGGGUCGCAAAAAAAGCAUCGAAGAAAGCGCAGCGUAUAUAUGGACUGCACAGAAAAUGAUCAUGACAUGCGCUGUUGUCGAUAUCCCCUCAAAGUUAAUUUCACCAGCUUUGGAUGGCAUUUCGUUGUAGCACCAACGUCCUUUGACGCAUACUUCUGCAGUGGUGACUGCAAAGUUGGUUACCUAGAGCAAUAUCCCCAUACACAUUUAGCAGCCUUAACGACAUCGGCCACACCGUGUUGCUCGCCGACAAAAAUGAGUUCCUUAAGUUUGUUAUAUUUUGACGAUAACCAUAAUCUGGUUUUAAGUGUUAUACCAAAUAUGUCUGUCGAGGGUUGCAGCUGUUCUUAGCGAACAAAAUUCGAAAGUGUUCUUUGAAAAUAGAACUAAUACAUAUGCUAUGUAAAUAAAUUAACGCAAAGGAAUAUGGAUCUGUUUGAGAAGGCUAGUUUAAAGUACAAUUCCCAAAUUUGAUAUAAAAUUUACAUUUUUAAAAUGUAAAAUAGGUCAGAUUGCAUGCUGAUGAUUCCCAAAUUAAUAAAUAGAUCGCAAUUAAAAACAGUAAAAAAUUAAAAAAUAUUUAAAAAUGAAUUCCUACAUUACCGUAUAAGAUAAGUAUAGAGCGAAACAAUAUAUUUUAAACUGUGCAUUACGAAUUACAAAUGAAAAGCAAACAAAAAAUAAUCGUUUUAAAUAAAAUGAUUGUAUGACGCAUAAAGAAAUACACGGUUAAAAUAAACUAAGUACCUUAAGUUUUGAUAAAAAUUGAGUGAAUAACAAAUGGCACCGUCAGACAAAUAUAGUCUGAACGGAGGCUACAUGUGGAUCAUUUACGGUUGUGUGAUUACCUAAUUUGAAUACACAGCUAAAUGUAUAAAGGUGUUCAUAUCCCGUGCAUCGUGAGCAUAUAGAAUAUUUUACAGUGAACGGCUUUGUGCGUGUGCAAACGAGACUUCCAUAUGCUGUUCUUUUCAAGACAAGUAAGGAUUUGUAUGAAUAAUGUUGAUUAGAACAAAGGCUAACCUUACGUUUCGCAAAGCACACAGAACUUAUUUCAUAAUAAUUAAAAGUUAAAUAACGUGCCAGAGAAAUAUAGAUAUACAAGUAGCAAUGCAGCGCAGUGGCGUUACAGCGCUCACUUUCUCUAUCUCCAUCUACAUAGUGUUAAAAAAAAAUAUGCUAGAAUUGGUUAGUUUUGAAACUUAUUCCGAUUAGUUCCUACGAUAUAAGCUCGAAUGCUUGGUUGAGUGCCAAAAAGAACUUAUUUUUCUUAUGCGUUAUUUUCGAAUCUUCUAUUAACACUACUUGUCGCAGGAUUGGCUUCUAAACGUUUGCAAGAGUACUUAGGAGUUGUCAAUAAUAAUAAUUUUGACAAGUGCUCCAACAUUAGCUGAUGAUAGGUAAGCACUUAAAGGGGAUAGUCGUGAGAUGAUUGUGUGACAUUCCGAAUAUAGAGUGGGUGAAGAUAAAAACUCUUGAAAAAAAUUACGGCAUUUUGCCAAAAACUUAGGCUCGCUAAGGAGUACCAUCGCCAAGGAGUCAUACGAUCUUAUCUGGAUUACACGUCUAAAGCGUUCUCUUGUUUUUUUUUUUUUAAUAGAAUAUGGGUUUCGAUAUACCUAAGCUUUCGGUAUAAACUCAUAAUGUCAACCCCCC